UAGCAACUUCGACCCAUUUUCAACCCGCACAUGCGCAAUCCAGCCCUACAGUUCCACACAAAACAAGACAUUGCACAGCAAACGUUCAUUCGGCAUCGUUAAAAAUCACAUCGUUAAUAAUAAAAUCCCAACGUAAAUCAAUGAAAGCGUUAAACUACAAAACAAUACAGUGUACGUGAAUAGAAAUUACAAGCACGCGCGGUGCCCUGUCAAAAUAAACCAGCGCGAUUGCGAUGUAAACAUGACCGAGCGUAAGAUCUUGCUUUUUAUUCUGUCCGUGAUCGCCUACGGCAUGUACAGUGUUCAUAUGUGGUUCUUGAAAGAUAAUGGCGAAAACCCAGAUCUGAAACAAGAAAAACCCAAUCUAGAAGAUAACAAAGAAAUAGCCAUUCCUAGUGAGCCAAAAGUGAAGGAGGCACCAAAACAAAUAAUUAGACGUUACAUUAAAGACGGCUGCUCUGUUAUGCAAAUAUUGACUGAAAAACCAAAAGACAAUGUUAAGAAGAUUUUAAUGGAAGAUAUGGAUAAUAACGGCAGUGCGGUUACAGUGAUUGGUAUCACUGUUUUUCUAUUAGUAUUAACGGUGAACGCUAUUUUGGAUGUGCUCAAAGUGAAGGAAGAAGAACGAGCGAGGUUAAAGCUCAAUCCUGAAGGGGAAAGAAGACAGUCUUUAGCAGAGUUUGCAAACAAGAAACCGCUGCGACGGGAGUCCAGCAAGUUUGGUUUACAUCUGUUUCAGAUUUCUGAGACUGUCGCGAGUAGUGGUGAAGAGAAGAAGGAUAAAAAAACACGCCAAACACGACCGUAUACGAGGGGAGAUUCAACUAACUCGUACUUGAGUGAAAGGAAGCCUAAAUCAGAAGGAUCAGCGCCUGCUUCGAUCAGCGAGACAUCUACAGCUGAGCCCAGGUUGGCUAAACGACAAUCAGUGGCCAAGCUAAUUGGAGGUCGUCCCGUGCCCAUGGUCCGGCGCUCAUCGUUCCCUGCCUUGCCCCUGAACCCUGAGGUCCAAGCCCUGAUGCUGGGCCAUCGCCAGGCUUCGGUGGACAGUGACGAUGAAGACGGCAGAGGAAGGAGAGUCAGGAUCAUCCGUAGAUAUUAGAUAGAUGUGAUUUUCGAAGAUAACCUGAGUAGGGGGGAGACCGAGGAGAGUUGUAACAAACUCAAUAUCUCUAAACGUGUGACAGUUCAUUUGAACGGGAAUAUUCCCACCUCUCGUUCCCACCGCUGCAACUCCUGUGUAGCCAGGAUCUACAGCUUGACCGCUAAUAAAAAUCCAACCAGUGAAGGCCAAGUUUGUCCCGGGGGAAACGGUCAUUGGACCCGCAACGAAAUUAAUCAAAAGAACAUAGGAGGAGUUCGAAGUUAAGGUUCGACUUCUCUCCAGUGCAAAGCGGGUGACAGGUGACAAGCAAAGGUUUAGUAAACCUUAAGAAAAGAUAAUAUAUCAUCAGUUUAUAGAGCUAGCAACCUCGCAAAUUUUUUGCUGUUUAAAUGCUCUACAUUUUGCGUGAAUGCACCUCGAUAGUUAAUCAUAGUUGUAGAGAAAUCGACUUUGUCACAACUCAUCUUGGCCUCCUCUACCUUGAUUAAGUUAUGUGUACCUACCUGUAUCUGUUUAUGUAAGGGAGAGAAUACUUGGUUAUGGUAAUAGUAUGAUGAUUGCUUUGAUGGCCACAUAAGCUAAGACUGGCUGUUGGGAUUCAUUGAAAAGGUGUGAAAAUGUUUCUGUGCUCAGAUUUAAAAACUCUAGAACUAAUAAUUGUGAUUUGUUUUAAAAAGAUUUUGACAAAAUUAUUGUCACAUUUUGUAGAUAAAUAUUUAUUUUUUCUUACCUACAUCAUGAAUAUCAAUAAUAUCAACAAUAAAAUCAUAAUACUAUAAUAAGUAAUUCAUAAAAAUAAGUUAUGUAAUCACAACUAAAUCUCAUAAAAUAUUUUCAACUUCAUCUAUCGUGACUUAUACAAGCGUUUUGUAUAAAAUUGUUUAGAUAAAAUGUUAUGAAAAAGUGUUACUAGUCUACACAUCUUAAUACAUAAUAUUAUUUAGGUAAAACCAUUCCAAGUCGAUCUUAAUAUAAAAAUUCUUAAUAAAAUUUGGAAGAAAUUGGGAAAAUUAAGGGUAAGCGUAAUGAUGUGGCCUAACGAAUGAAAUUUAAUAAUGUUUUAAAUUAAGCACUUUUUCGCUGUUUUUCGUAUUUAAUACUAUUUACAAGGUCCUUUUCCUUCUCCUUUAGAUGUAUAUUAUAUUAUUAUACCCUAUCCCGACCAAUCUGCCAAUCUUUUUAUAAUAAGGUAGACAAUACUAAAGAUAUUGUUUAUAUGUAUAUGUCUGUCAAUUUACUGAUAUAUCUACUUGUGAUUUUAAUCUAUAAUAUAAGGAUAAUAAGAAACAUAAUAAUUAUCGUCAAUGUUAAUUGAAGUGUAGCAUUAUUCUUCUUGGUAUACCUACAUUAGAGCCUUGAAAGUUUUGUGCUACUCAUCUUUUUAUAUACAUACAAGCUAUUUACUUAGGUAAGUAGUUCUAUAAUGCUGAUCGGUGUCCUUUUUUAUUUACAAAAUUGUCAUUCUAAAACUACAAAUUUUCAGCGGAAAUUGCAUUUUGAAAAUUCAUUCACUCGUAAUUUUAAAAAUACUUUUUUGUCGCUAAAGAGAGUUUUUCUGAAAGAAGACUUUUAGCCUAGAAACAUACAUCGCAAUCUAGACAUUUUUUAAAAUCAGCAUCCAAUCAGCAUUUAUUUUAAUGAAUGUAGCAUAUCCUUCAAAAACAUCAUCAAAAUAUGAAGUCUGAAUUAGAUUCGAGUACUGAAACUGUGUGAUAUUGAACUAAAUCGAUAUUUGCAUAUUUAGAUCUGUUCUUUUGUAUAUCAUCUUUAUACAAAUGACGGCAUAUCAAGCCACACAUUUUUGAUCAAAAAUAGCACUCACUAUAAAUAUUUAAAAGGCACAUUGUUAAACUUGUUGUGCCGUCUUCUGUAUAAAAAUG